AAUUACAGUGCAGUUCUUGCAAUAAGGCAUUUACGGCAAAACAAGGGUGGCAAAGGGAACAUGUCAAUUCAUGUCUGUCUGUACCUCUUUAUUAUUUUUGGGGGAAAGAGCAAAGGAAAUCCUCUUUGUUCUCAUUUUCCCUCUUCUCAUUUGUUAAAGCCCUUAGUGUUAUUGUCUAGGGAGAAUCAAGGAGAAUCACAGGCAUCUUUCAAUAAGGAAAUACAGGACCUUACUGAGCAUGACACAAAUCAUUCCCAUUCCACAUGGUUUGUAUGCACACCCUCUGUCCUGUCAGGCAAAGAAUGGGUGCUGGCACUCACUCUGUAAUCAAUAAUACUGCUCCACAUCACCCUGAAGACCAAUGAUACUUUGAGCUUGGUGUACUCUGGGCUGGGUAAUCUGUGCACUAGACAGAGUUACUUGGAGAUGGUGGAAAUUUGGCUUAGUCCUACAGCAUCUUCGUGUGGGCUGAAAGACUAUAUAAUAUGCUAGGCACUGUUACGUGCAUCAGAAAAGUGUGCAGUGAUGUGCUCUACAUGUCAGAUUUCUUGAAAUGUGCAGCAAAAGUAGAGGCUGUGCAUCUCUCUAGGAGGCUAGGGAGAGGCUGGGAGCACCCAAAGAGAGAAAAUUUUGAGCUCAUUAUUUUCAGGAGGACUGCAGUCCAUGGACACGUAAACUUUGUCCCAUCAAAGUUUUGGGUAGAAUCUCUAAAAGUCUUGUGUGUCUUGAGACUUCUUCAGUAAGCAUAACCUGACACUGUUGUUUUUAAUAAUGUAAAGGAUUUGACUGAACCUUGGCAAAGUCAUCCAUUACUUAUGGGGUUAGCUCAUAACUUUCAUGACACGUAGGGUGACUGAGAUUCACUCUGUACCCAAACAUAUGGACGCUGGGUUAGCAUCUAACACACCAGUAGGGUGGUGGCACUGGCCAUCUCUUUUAGGUAAAGAUCCUUGAAGCCUGACCUAUAUUUUUUGAACAUAAUUUUAGAACUGUGGUUAGGUAGUAGAUUAAUCUUCCAGCUGGCUCCUCCCAAGGACCUGGCACGUAUUGAACACCGAAAUGACAGAUCCACUACCUUGCUCUGCUGUCUCAUUGUUGAAAAACCCUGUGUGAGUGAUUUAAUGUUCAGAGUUUUCCCUAGAAAUCCCUGCUAUUUCACAGCAGUUUCAUUCUAGAGAAAGAGGUGUUGACAUAAGAUUGCCUUGAAUCAAGCUUUUUUGAACUUCAGUUUUUAGAUAUUCUGACAGUUCCACUAUUUCAUGGCAGUAUGAAAUUUGACAGGGAAAGAACUUGUAAAAAUGGCUUUUUUGUCAUUUUCAGGAGUUGACUGCUGGAAAUCACUGUUUACAAGCUGUAGCUCAUGUUUUUCUGGGAAAACACUGUUAUGGUAUCAAGGCAGUAAGUAAGCAUGCAGGCUCCAAGCUGAGGCAGAAAAUUAUGUUGAGUAGGCUGAAAUCUGGCAGAGUUGCAUAAGGCUGUGAAGCUGAGACUUCUGGGCUUGCCUGGGACUGCCUCACAGCCCACCUCACCUUCUUUUGAAUCCAUUAGAUAGUUGCCCCUUGGCCACAUACCCAGGGCUCACACGAGAUGAAAAGCAAAGUCCCUGCAUUCUCUGUACUAUCUCCCAGUCUUCUAUGUGAUACCAGCCAUCUCCUCCCCACUUUAAAACAAUACUGACUCCACUAGCUGGGAGCAAGAGCACUUCAGUGGUAGAAAACCACUGGAUUUGGAGUAGAAUAAUUUUUCUGACACCCACAUUUGAUGUGGGGGAAAGGAUGUGCCUGAGUCUUUUUCUUCAGAGCAACUGUGGCAGGAGCAAUGGCCAUCAACACUUCUCCCUGCUGCCUGUUCUCAGUACUGUCAUCUUGCUUGUGAAGGCACUUUGUUCGGGAGUCAGGAGAGAAGGUUUGUCCCUGCAGGCCCACCUGGGUGACACCAGAACAGGGCUGAGAACUGCCUCUUCGUUCCAUAGAAGGAUGCUGGACCUUGCUUGGGGGACCGGAUGUUUACAAUACUAUCACUGAGAGAAAGGACCCUUCUCCUCUCGAGAGAUCUCCAGGCUGUACUAAUGUUACCUGCCACAUCCAGUGUGUCUUGAAAACAAAUCUCUGUGAGGAAGGUUAUCACAGAGCUCUUGAACCGAUUCCCUCAUAUGUCCAUCACAUGAGGAAACCAAUUAGGCUGUGCUGCCUACACCUCGCUUAGAAGAGAAAGGAGCUGGCAGGAUUUAGGGUGUGCUGGAAAAGAGGGAAAUGACUGUAUUUCAGAAUGCCUGCCUACAAGAAACCUCUGGUGCCCAUUUCAGAUUUUUUUUCACUGACACUAACAAUGAAAAGGAAAUGGACUUAAUACUUGGGCUGCCUAAAGCAUUUGGUUUGAAUGACUCAUCUAUUGCAUUCAGUCUCUCCAUCCUGCAACACCUAUUUGCCAAUUGCUAAUUAGCUGACAUUGAAUUUUCCAAAUAGUACUGUAUAUUUUUUCUGUGAUAAAUUUAUUUAAAGAAACACAUUUAACUCCCCUUGGAGAGAAAGUGGAGUUGAUGUAUGUUACAAGGAGGGACACAUUUUCUUUAAGCACUCAGCAAGAUGUCUGAUUGCAAAAGGUUUAGCCAGAAGGACAGCAAGGCACAGAGAGACUCAUGGAUUUUGGAGGAAUUCAAGAAUGUUAACCCUGUGUGUGCUCCUGUGGGGUACACAGCACCUCCUGUGGGAACAACGCUUACUGGAGACCUGUGCAGUGAAGGAGGCUGCCUUGUGGUGUGGACGUUGCAGAUAGCUGGAACUAUAACCCAGUCCUUUGCUCCUGAGCACACUGCUGGCCAGAGACCCCUGUUCCCAGAGAAGAAUGUGCCCAAAAGAGAAGAGCUGGUCACUUGGGAAGAACUGCCUUUUGCAGUGGCUGACAGGUUGUCCUUAACUGAACAUGUGCUGUAUGCUAACCUGGAGGGCUCUUCGAGGUUGAUCAAUUUGUAUUCUUGAGGCAAGAGGACCUAGAAAUGCUUAAGAUGAGGCUGCUGUCUCUGAAGGGUAACAGGGUAAGUCUAUAGCACACUUACUGUGUCAAAAAAUGGGUGAUGAUCACAUUGUUGAAACUUGCUUGCUGCUCUGGGCAUUAAGAAUUCAUUUCUCAGCUCUCUGAAAUGCACUUAGUAAAGACAGACUUUGCUUUGAUUCUCUCACCCACCAGGUGAGCCCUUGUGGCAUUUCACUGAGGAUUCAGAGAUCAGCCACAGCUCUGGCAGGGCGGCUCCUUCAAAGCAAUGCCUGCCCUACUGUCAGUUUCUCCUCUAGCAAGGAGUGAGUGAGUUGCCCCUUCUGGUUCCAUUUGCUUUAAUUACUAGAAACAAAGGGUCAACGUACACAGAGCUGCGUGGAAGAGAGGAAAGUCCCUAGAAGCUGGAUUACAUGAGCAAUUACACCCAGCAGGGAUAGGGGAAAUUCAGGAAUUUACCUAUAUGGAAGGCAAGCAGCAGAAGGCAGGUCUAGGCAGCACAAGUGCUAAUCUAAGCAUUCAGCUUUAAACCCUGCCUCUGACCCAGGGGAGUUAUGGACUAGCCCAGAGGUAGUCUGCAUUGUUAAUGGUUUAGGAGUCAGCUGUUUGCAUGCAAGCACAUACAUGCAGGCUCUGCAAGUUUAUUCCAUGUCAAAAAUACACUAAGAAUAAUCACAUAUUAAAAGAAUGCAAGGUUGAAUGUGAAGGUGAUAUUAUAAAAAUACAGCUUGCGCUAUCUAGCUUCCUUGUGUGUGUGCUGAAAGGCUCUAGCUGCAUGAAAAACAAGAUCUCAUGUUUUACUUUCAGUAGCAAUAACAAAGUAGGAUUGUUGUGGCUUAUGCUCCUACAGAACUGCACUUCUAGCUGCACUAGAACAAACCGGUGAAGUCAGAGUGGCUCUUCCAUCCAGCUGAGGACAUGCUGUGGCCUGUGCCUCCUGACCCUUACCUUGGUUUCUUUACUCCACGGAGCUGGAAGCAGAACCCAGAAGCAGUUGAUAAGUGUUGUUUGCUCUGUCAUUGCUCAGUGUUCCCCCACUCCUGAUACAGACUGUCCCAUAAGUCUUACACUGGGCUUAGUCCUCACAGCAAAGUGAGCAACACCAGCAGGGAGUGCUUCUGUUGCACUAUGAAGGGCUUGAUGGCAUCAAAGCUGGGGUCCUACAACAGCUCUGCUCAUAGCAUGGGCCAGGUAAGCGUCCCAGUAUGGCUCUUCUGUCACCCUGUCACUGCACUGAGGAGCCCUUCUCCUUGUUCAAUCCUGUGACCUUCCUGGUAGACAGGAGGCAGGUUUUUUUAACAAGAGUUGAUUACAUAGCCAAAAGCCACCAUCCCA